GAAUGAAUGAAAUUAGGUAACAAUGAGGCAAGCGAGUGGGCGUAAAACAGUUGCAACGAACUGUGUACCUGACACGCACCUUGAGCGUGACCUGUUUUACAAGAGUGCUGCGCGGACUCUCCUCCACUUUGAGCUUUUCUUUUUCUUUUUUGUCAGGCGGCAUUAAGCAAACACUUUUGGAGUGUAUGCGUCAUGACAUGACGCCAUUGCACAAAUAUGACUCAGCCAUGUAUUGCAGCCUCACCAACGCAAGGAAUGUACACUCUCAAACGGUCGUUAUGUACAUGCAAAUUCCCGAACAUGAAACUUGGCGAAUGGUCAACAGCCAAGCGACUCCACAAGAAUCAGCCAAGGAAUAAUUUGAGAGAUUAAGAACAAUUGUACUGUAAAUUUACAAUAGACACAGAACACUGACCGAUAGGGUUGAUAUAUUUGUGUGCGUUAACCUUCCAUUAUCUAUCGUGCUUGUCUGCAUUCAAGUCACAGGGACUAUAAGGAAGCAGAAUUCUUCAGAAAUCCAAUGGCAGUUCUACGGCGGACGGUGCCCCUUAAUGUUGUGCCUGCCCCCCGCCAAGUCGAGACUAAGUCAUGCGCCUUAGCAAGGGUCAGAUCAGUGAAUACAUGGACCAAUGCAGCGGUUUUGAAUUUAACAUAGAUGACUGUGAGAAGUUUGAGAUUUCCGAGAACAGCGUGAACAAGGGAACCGAACAAAUCAGACCUGAGUGCUUUGAGCUGCUGAAGGUUCUGGGAAAGGGUGGCUAUGGAAAGGUUUUUCAGGUUCGAAAGGUAUCAGGUUCCACCUCUGGGAAGAUAUUUGCAAUGAAAGUUUUGAAAAAGGCCAUGAUUGUUCGCAACGCAAAGGACACAGCGCACACCAAAGCCGAGAGGAGCAUUCUGGAAGAGGUCAAGCAUCCUUUUAUAGUGGAUCUUAUUUAUGCCUUCCAGACAGGAGGAAAGUUGUACCUAAUCCUGGAGUAUCUCAGCGGUGGGGAGCUUUUUAUGCAACUGGAGCGCGAGGGCAUCUUUAUGGAAGACACAGCGUGUUUUUACCUGGCUGAGAUUUCAAUGGCACUGGGCCACUUGCACCAGAAAGGAAUCAUCUACCGAGACCUGAAGCCUGAAAACAUUAUGCUCAACAACAAGGGGCAUGUGAAGUUGACCGACUUUGGAUUGUGCAAAGAGUCCAUCCAUGAUGGGACGGUCACCCACACCUUCUGUGGUACCAUCGAGUACAUGGCUCCGGAGAUUCUCAUGAGGAGCGGCCAUAACAGAGCAGUGGACUGGUGGAGCCUGGGGGCCCUCAUGUACGACAUGCUGACAGGAGCACCUCCGUUCACUGGCGAAAACCGGAAAAAGACCAUCGACAAAAUUUUAAAAUGCAAACUCAGUCUUCCACCUUACCUCACUCAAGAAGCCAGAGAUCUCCUCAAAAAACUUUUAAAGCGAAGCGCCUCAACGCGACUGGGGGCAGGGCCAAAUGACGCCGGCGAGGUGCAGGCCCACCCUUUCUUCCGCCAUACGAACUGGGAAGAGCUCCUAGCACACCGAGUGGAACCUCCAUUCAAACCUUUCCUGCGAUCGGCCGACGAUGUCAGCCAGUUUGACUCCAAGUUCACCAGCCAGCCUCCAGUGGACAGUCCGGAUGACUCCAUGCUCAGCGAGAGCGCCAAUCAAGUCUUCCUGGGUUUCACAUAUGUGGCUCCGUCCGUGCUGGAAAACGUUAAGGAGAAAUUCUCAUUCGAGCCAAAGGUCCGCUCGCCUCGCAAGUUCCCGGGAAGCCCGAGGACGCCUGUGAGCCCGGUGAAGUUCGCACGGGGAGACUGUUGGCCGCAGGGAGCCUCCGCGGAACAACCCAUGGAGGUGUUCACAAUGGAGCAAAUGGACACGAGCAGCGGCAGCAGCGGCGCGUCGGAAGCCUCGGCACCACUUCCCAUUAGGCGGCCGUCGAGCGUCGGCGAGCAGCUCUACAAAAAACAAGCCUAUCCUCUGAACUCCAAACGACCGGAACACUUGCGGCUGAACCUAUGACGCACAGCGCAGCCCCUUCCCCGCUCGCAGAAAUGAUGGGCCGUCACUGUUGAUGUCAUCACCAGCGCUUCCAUCUCUUGGCCUUGCUCCAGAAUCUUGCUUUUGGUGCGAGUCACCAAUGUCCUUAUUGACCGUCAGUUUGGUUUCAUGGUGCUCUUCUUUCCUCAAAGGAAAACUUUGAACAAACAUGCCACCCGGCACCAGCUGUUCGCUAUUCACAAUGAACUUGCAGUGAAAAAAGUCACGCAUUUUCCUUGUGGUAAAUGUAAAAACACUAUGAGGUGCCGUAUGGGCCACGAAUAACAUUUACCUCUUACACGCACCCAAAAACCUCUCACAUUCAAUAAGAAAUGCUCACAUACAUUUUAUCAAAAACACAAAAAAAAGUCACACCAAAAAAAAAAGCACCCAAAAAAAACCUCAAACACCAACAAUCUCCCUCCAAGAAGGUCCCUCUCCGAUUUAAAAAAAAAAAAUACCCCAAACACUCAACAGCAACAGAGGGCGGGACUUACUGCAUGGCAGAGCCAAUCAGCAUUUGACAUUGGGGAGAGAGUUUUGAGCUUCCUUUUUUCACAAACACAAUUUUUUUACUUUGGCUUGAGGUUAAAAGGGCCUCAUAUUGUGUGGAUUUGUAUGUUAUGGAUUUUGGGUUUUUCUGGUGAAACUUUGUUCUAUGUUUCAGUUUUUGAAUUGAAUUGAAUACAACUUUAUUGUCAAAUGUGCUGUAUGUAUGUGUAACAUACAGCACAGAUGAAAUUUCUUCCCUCGACAUAAAACAAAGGAGCCGCUGCGGGUGUCCGCGCCGUCAUCAAAAGAAAAGUCAACAAGUCAGGGUUUUUUUUGUUUUGUUAUUUUUGCUCACUAAGCAGUUUUUUGGGUGAGUGGGAGUUUUUGGAGCGAGUAUGAAUGUCUUUGGUGAGUGUGAGUGGUAAAUGUUAUUUUUGGUCUACACGGCACUUGAUGUUAAAGCCUUUGCAUUUCUACAUUGACUGUUACCAAGAACAUGAAUACUCGGUUGAGUGUGACAAGCCUCUGGAUUGAAGCCAUUAGAUGCUUUUGUUUUUUUAAUGACUCUUGUUUGUUGUUGUUUUUUUUUAUGGCUGAAAUAAUUGCCAACCAAAUGCUUUAAACUUUUCUAUAGCGUUCAAAAGAUGGAUCAGUGUUCAAUUGAUUUUUCUUCCAUCGGCGGGAAAGCAUCAACUGUGAAUUUUUUUGCGUCUUCAUUUUUGGGCCAUUGGCUCACACUAUGCAAACUAUGUAGCUAUUUAUUGUUUAGUCUUAUUUCGACAGUGUGACAGUAUUUUGGAAGAAAAGGUUAAUUGAUAUACAUUCUCAUGUUUUUUUCCUCACAAAAACAGUUCAAAUGGCAACCACAAACGCAGCUUUCAAUCAAACACAUUUUCCAGGAUGUAAUGAUUUUUGUGCAGCAAUGUCAUUUUUUAACAAUAUUUUUUUCAUGUGUAUAAUAUAUGCUACUGUUCUUGACUGAAUGAAACUUGAACUUUUUUACUGCGCUUUGGGCAGCAUGCAGGUGGAAUUGCGUAUUUAGUCAAGAGUCCUUAGAUUGUGAUUGAUGUGAAAGUGAUUUUUUUUAAGGUUGAGGAUCACUAAAUACACCUUUGAGAUGUUUGGCAAAACCAUCUAGGAAAUCUAUUUUGCUUUUAAUCACUGUUGGGCAGUGACGAGAAUUGAGUUUGUAAAGUUAGUGAAUGUUGACAUCUGCUUUUGAAGAUGUUCUAUACUGUAUAUAUGAAUAGUAAAAACAUGAAAUGUUA